AUGAGUUCACUAGAUGGAGCGUAUCGAGUUGAUGGCCAUACGAUUAAUUCAUAUGAUGGAAACAAAACUCUUAUUAUUCGCAUGAUGUUACGAUUAACCAAUGGACGACUAUGGGCUUCCGGUUGCUACGAUUCUGGAACCAAUUACAAUACUGAAAGUUCGGUAGUUUGGUCAGGAUCCUACAAUGGAAAUGAAUUAGAAUGGACUGAAAAAUAUGGCGAUGCGCCUGGUGAAUUUAUUUAUCACGGAUUCAUUGAGAACAAAAAGUUAUGCGGCACAUACAAAUGGACAGCAAACGCUGCUUCCGGCUCAUUUGAAUUUUCCCUUCAACGUUUGAGUAACUGA